UUAAUUUCCCCAGGCCAGCCACCCGGAUAUAAUCAUCCGUCUUGGCCUGACAGCAUCUGGUCUCCCCAACCAUUAAAUCCCCUUCUCAUCCCUAUAAAGCCAGAUGGACGGCUUAGAGAGCCAACGCCAGCUGCUGCUUUCACCCCAGCCGACCUAUCACAGGAGGGAUGGGGAGGGAGCUUUGGAUCACAGGGCUCUGGUUGCAGCAUCCCUGGAGCGGCUACUGUUAUCUGAAACACAAGGGCCAGGAUAGUGGAACAGAUCUAAAGAAGAGAUAGACGGGGAAUCCUCUGGAAUCAUCCAGGGGUCGGCUUGCUAUGUGUGGAGUGGAGCAGGAGGUGAGAAGAAGUGUUUUCCAUGUAAACACCCCCUCAGAAGGGAUAAGCGGAGGAGCGGUAGAGAGAGGAGGAAGGGUAGAGAGAGGAGGGGUAGAGAGAGGGGAAACGUUCCUUCUCCCUAGGAUAUUACCCCUCUAUCUGGCUACCUACUACGGCUCCUUUAAAAAAAAAUAGCGGUAAUCACAUCAAGGAAAGGUUGUGCCUGGAGAGUGUGUUCUGGUGUACUCAAUGCAUUCCUAAUGCUUCAGCAGACCUCAGUCCAGAAAGAGCCAACCUGUGGCUGUUGUGGCACACCUGAGAUACAGACAAGAGUCACAUUGAGACAACCACAGCAGUGGGACACAACAAGACAACUCUCCACAUGACUUUGUUGUUUCCUCUCAGCUGAAACCCUGGAUAUGACUACGGCCAAGACCACCGCUAGCUUUCUCUCCACUGUCUCCAGCACCUCCAUGACCCCUAUUUUCACUGUUACAACGGACGCCAGGAUGGAACAGGAGAAUGUCACAGAGUCCAGGACAAAACUCAUGACCACUAGCAUUACUAUAACAACAACCAACGAGACAAGCUUCAAUGCCACCAAGCUGCCAGAGUUGCAGCUCGAGGGCUCUGAGAUGGGCAUGGUGUUGGUGCCCUUUGGCAUCAUCACUGUAAUUGGCCUGACAUUGGUCGUGAUGCUGUAUAUCAGGAAACGGAAGAGACUGGAGAAGCUGAGGCACCAGCUGAUGCCCAUGUAUAACUUUGACCCGGCAGAGGAACAGGAUGACUUGGAACAGGAACUACUGGACCACAACCUCACAGGACCCAAUAACAAGGAUGUGUGCUGCUAAAAUGACAGAAGGGAGCUUGCAUGUGGAAUCCUGCAAGGCCCCUCUGUUUUACAGACAAGCUGAACCGGCUACAGGUGAAGUCAAUCUGUCCAUCCUACUUCUGCACGGCAUCCGUUUCUCAUCUGAGAAUUGGCUCAAUAUAGGUACACUGGAGACAUUGGCCAAAGCUGGCUGUCGUGCUGUGGCCAUCGACCUACCAGGUUUUGGUCAGUCUAUGUCAGCAGUGGCCCCAUCCGCUGUAGGAGAGCUGGCCCCUGGUGGGUUCCUGAAGCAGGUGUGUGAGGCCCUGGGGAUGGGGCCAGUGGUGGUAGUCAGUCCCUCUCUCAGUGGCAUGUACUCCCUGCCCGUCCUCUUCCAGCACGAGGCUCUGGUCCGGGCAUACAUCCCUGUGGCUCCCAUCUGCACUGAGAAAUUCACAGCAGAGCAGUACAUCAGCAUACAGGAUGCUCAGCUAAAGGAGGUUUCUCUGAACAACCUGAGGGAGCUAGCCAAUCACAAGGUGUUGGUGAUGAAAGGAGCAGGACAUCCAUGCUAUCUGGACGACCCAGCCACGUGGCACACGGCUCUCACUGACUUUCUCACCUAUACAGCAGGGGUCUCCAACCCUGUUCCUGGAAGGCUACCGUCCUGUAAGUUUUCACUCCAAUCCCGAGUUGCAACUAACCUGGUUCAGCAUAUCAACCAGCAGAUUAUUAGAAUCAGGUGUGCCCUGCUAUAAAGUAGUACAAAAGAAUGGAGCGACAUGGACCAAUGCCCAGAGAGAGGGAGCUAAAUCUUCCGCGCACACACAUACACACUCAGACACCCACAAAAAAAAUUUAAAAAUUAAAACAGUUUAGAUCUCAAACUUAUCUUUACUUUAUUCAAUUUUUUUUUUWACUUCACUUAGAAUUUGACUGAAUUUAUAAUUUUUUUGUUACAGAUUUUUUUUUUUUUACACAUUUGUCAAACAUGGUCACAUAGCACCAGACUACAGACUACAGAAUCACAUACACACGUGUCUUUCCCACAGAGACGCACGGACACCGCAAGGGUAGGCAGGAGCAGGGCCACGUGAAGACCCUCCCUUUAGGGCUGGCUGUAAAGCAGACCCGGUCCUCUCACCCUAAACUUGCCCUUUUUCCCCUUAUUUUUUUAGAGCAAAAAGUAAAAUUUUCAAACCACAGAAAACCGACCUGUGUCCCUCAGCACACGAUUGGGUCCCCUUCUGGGACACA